CUGCAGUGCUGGAGACGACAGGAAGGAAGGAUGGUGUCCCUAUUCCAUAUUCCACAGGGAGAUGGGGGCCCCCACAGGGAUGCUGGCUGUCAGCCCCCCUUUCUCCUUGGAGCCUUUCAGAAUCCAUCAGGUUGUCUGGACUGCUCACUCCAUCUUCUGGGGGCUGAUAGAGAACGGGGCCCCACAUCUGGCAGUUGCUCUUCUUAAAAACCUGCCUUACCCCAUGGAACUGACUUCCAGGAAAGAGUCCCUCAACAAGAGAGUUCAGAAAUGGGCUAGUCCCACUGUGUGGGCAGCCAGGAUCACAAACAGAUUUUAUUUUAUUUUAAUUUCCAAUUGUAACUGCUCAAUCCUCUGAAUGUUUACUUGGAAGUAAGUCCAGCCCCACUCUGUGUGACUUACCUUCAAGUAAAUAUGCAAAGACAAAUAUAUGAAACAUGUAAUGAGAGAAUCAAAAUGAUCUGUCCCAUUUAGGGAUUACGGGACUUCAAAAUGAUUGUUUUAAUGUUGUUGUUGUUUUGAAGAUUUGGUGGUAGCCCCCUGGGGUGGGCAGGAGGACGCAGGGACCCCCCAUCUUUGACAAGGGCAGCCUGGCUUCUGCUGAGAAGGGGGGCCAUUUUGAAGUGGGGCAAACCCCCCUUGCGGCUUCCCUUUCCCUCCCAGGCUAUGAGGAAACUUCUUUUUCCAAAGGCCCUUCCAUGACUUUCCUCCUUUUAGGGAAAAGGUCCUUGAUAUUGAGAAGAGAGGGGAGAGAGAUGGAGGGGAGGAGGAGCCCUACUCUCUUGAAAGGGCCCCCAAUGUGUGGGUAUCCCCCUUUCUAGGGGGGGUGGGGGGCAGCCGAGGCGUCUCUCCAAAAGGGGCAAGAUCCAGAGGAGCAGAACUGGGGGGAAAGACAGACAGACUGUGACCUCCGACCUGCAAGGGAUGCUCCCCACCCCUCCCCCGCCUCCAGGGAAUUGGGAUAAUCCACUAGGAAUUGCGGGGGGGGGAGUGUGAGGCAAUGAGAGAGAGGAGGGCAAUUAAAGGGGGGUUUUAUAGGCUCAGGAUUGUAGCGUUUCCCUCAGUGAACGUGUUAUGAGGAUGAGCCUUCAGAAAGAUACAAUGCUGGUUGAUUUUUCUCACUUCUGACUGCUGCCUCUUCCCUGAGUCUCAGGCAAAUGAAUCCUUUUUCCUGGGCUCUUUUGCUGAUGGGGGAGGGGCUGCUCUGACCCCCCUUGACCUCCUGGGCCUCUUCUGGUCCUUCCAGGGAUCCACACCUAUCAGUACAUGUACGGCUGUGAGCUGAGGUCAGACGGGCGCAAAGGAGGCUAUAGGCAGUUUGGCUACGACGGGAGAGACUUCAUCACCUUUGACAAGGAGACCCUCACCUGGACGGCAGCCGAGACGGAGGCCGAAGUGAGCAAGAGGAAGUUGGAUCCUGACUUGGCCCUGAACCAGUACCUGAAAGCCUACAUGGAGGAGGAAUGCAUUGAGUGGCUGCAGAGAUACCUGGACUAUGGGAAGGAGACUCUGCUGAGGACAGGUGAGGGGGGCUCAGUGGGGAGGGGAGGGGGGCUCGCUGGGGCAGUUUCCCUUUAAGCUUCCCCCCCCCCCCUUAACAGUCUUCCUUUCUGGACCAAACAGCAAACACUUUUCUUGGUGGUGGCGGCAGAAAUAAGUUUGGGACUCUGGGAGGAGAAAAGGGGUCACUUCAUAGUAUGAUGGGGGGGGGGGGGAAGAUGCUUAAAAACAGCCCCACAUGCCUAGAAUAAGGGAUGGCAAAAGACAAAUGGGGGGAGGGGGAAGAAAGAAACAGCAGGGAAGGGGCCAGGAAAGCAAAAUGCAUUUUAAAUUAAGUAAAAAAAAGAAAAUUGAAAUGGACAGAUUUGAGGCGGGAUACAGAAAAACCUUUUGCCUUUACACUUGGAUAUGUACCUGUGGGGAAAGUCUUUAAAAGUAAUUAACCCUUAUUAAAAAUAGAAAAUGUGUGGGGAGCCCAUAAAAUAUGGAUGCAGCCCCCUCACUAAGUCUGUAGGUUAGCCCCUCGUGGCCUAGAAGCAGAAAACCUGCACAUAGUGAGAGAGUAUGGGAAUUCCCUCUUCUACCUCUUCUACCUUUUAUUUGUGAUGAAUUUUACUUUUUCCCAUGGAGAACAUUCAGAAGUGUCAUCUUCCCAAUCCCACCCUGUGCUUUCCACUCUUCUGCCUUCAGGAAUCUGGCACAGGGGCCAGUCACAUUAUCCAGUGUUUUGACUUGUUUUCUUCCUGUCUCUCUUUACUAGCUUUGCUAAAAUGAAAAGUAAAUAAAAAUGAAAUAAUUCUAGCACCCUCCCUUUUUGAGGCCUGACACAUACGUAUUAGCCAUGCUUAGAGAGAUCUGAGCAAAUUCAUCUAUAGGGCCUGGUGAUAAUUCACCCCAGAGACACUGAGCAUAUUUGUUGAGGUUGAGGAUUUUGCUCCAAAAGCCACAUUGAAGCGUUUUCAAGGGUGACAACGUGCAAAGGAGGCUGGGAAUCAUCCUUUUUGGGACAGAGGUUCUGCUGAGGACAGGUGGGUGGGGAGGGGAGGUCUUGUUUUGGGUUUCUAUGGGGAAAGGGCUUGACCUUCCUUCCUUCCUGCUCCCCCCAGCAGAGUCACAUCCCCUCCUACACCGAGUUUCCAGUCCAGGCACUGCAAAGUGGGUGGGAUCCUGGAACAGCCCCUUCAGACAACAGCAACCCAGGGAGCAAGUUUUUGAACAAGGGUUACAUUCUGUGAAUCGUGCCUCAAGCCAAAAUGGUGUAUAGUCAAAACACAUUGGAUUCAAGGGCGAUUGGGUUGCCAAAGUACGCCCACCCCCUUCCCACCAUCUUUUUGUUUUUUAGAAUAUUUUUGGCAAGUGCGUAAAGCUGAAUGUGCACAAGUAAAAUGUGCGUAAGUUGCUGGCUUACUGGGCCUCCUGGUCUGCCCUUUCCACUCCAGGGGAGGCUGCCGUGGAGAAGGGAGAUGGGCCCUUUCCAACCUCCAGGGACCCUUUCAGGGCAGGCGGGAGAACUAGAAAGGAGCUCUGUCUUUCCCAGGGCUGUUGGCUUUGUUCACUAUUGGGCUGAGAAGUCCCAGAGAACAGAGAGCAGUGAGUCCAGCAUUUCUUCCCCCUCAAGAGAGGAACCAGGAUCAGCCUGAGCUGCCCUCAGUUCAUGACUUGCAACUUGGAAGGAUCUGGAAGAAUCCCACCAUUGGGGACCUGGUGAAAUUUGCCCCCUCAGCCUAGAGGUGGCUUCCUGGGACUAUCUUGGAACCACAAGUUGUGUUAAAGCUUUUUAAGAUGAUAAAUUAAUUUGUGCCUAGUCCUCCCUCCCAAAGGAGUCUGCUUUGGCAAGCAAAGGAUAAAACAUCUAAAAACAGUUCCAGCAUAGACACUGACUGGGGAAGAUGCCAAGGGAGGUUGAGGAAAUCACAUUUAUACUCAGUUCUUUUUAAUUUCUGCAGAUGUGAGAUUCUGACUAGGUUGCCCCUUGGGUCCCUGCUCCUCUGCUCUUUAAAAAUACAGGAUUCCUCCAGGCUCCCGUUGUGCAUGUCUCUCUGUUAACCCCAAUGAAUGAUUGCCCUUUUUGCAGAGGCUCCGGUGGUGAAGGUGACCAGGAAGGCAGACUAUGACGGCCUGGAGACCCUCGUUUGCCAAGUCCACGGCUUCUACCCCAAGGAGAUUGAGGCCAACUGGGUGAAGGACGGGGAGGUCUGGCAGGAGGGCACCCUCCGAGGAUUGGUCGCCCCCAACUCGGACGGGACCUACUAUCUCUUGCUCAUUGUCCAGAUCGACCCCGAGGAGAGGGAGCGCUUCCGGUGCCGCGUGGAGCAUGACAGCCUGGAGAAGCCUCUGGACGUGGCCUGGGAGAAGGAGCCAGGUGAGAAACAGACAGACAGGAGGGGAAGGGGUGGGCUCUGGGAGGGGGAUUUCCACCCAACUCCUCCAUUCAGCAGCAGCAGCACAGCUCAGAUGGGGAACCCCAGUUGGAUCCUGUCAACGUCUCUGGAGGGAAGCAGCUGAAUCGGAAUCUGUAGAUUUCAGCAGAGAUGCAGGCUUUUCUGGAAAGUGUCUCAUAGGCCUUAAACUCAAAUUGGUUUUUGUAGGUAAAUACUAGCCGUCACCUUUUUGCCUUUAAGCCCAUGUAGUUGUGAUGUCACAGAAUGUGGGCAGAUGUGUUAUUUCUUCAAAAUCAAAUUAUCUCCUCUACAUGGCUGACUUACUCACACUCUCUGUGACUGAAAAAGGGGCAGAGAACUUAAAAGAGGGAGCCCCGAACUGACUGUCCUUCACAUUGAAAAAGAUUCUCACUUGCUCCUCCUCACACUCGUGCCCACCUAGAAAAACUGAUACUCAUCUCCACUUAGCCCAAACACCCGCACACCGCUGGGAAGAGGAAGCAGGAAUUUUAAUAAUAAUAAUAAUAAUAAUAAUAAUAAUAAUAAUAAUAAUAAUAAUAAAAAUAAAUUUUAUUUAUAUCCCGCCCUCCCCAGCCGAAGCCGGGCUCAGGGCAGCUAACAACGCUCGUCUCUCACACACCGCCAGGAAAGCUGUGCCUGCAGGAACCAAAGCAGAAUGUCUAAGAGCAAGACUCCCUUUUCCCCAGCAGGAGCACAUGAACGCACAUCCCCACCCACACCCCAGACCCCUUCUCACAGGCAGGCAAGCGAAAAUUAUGGAAGCGGCCCUUGAGCCAGAGACUCACACAGGCAGGGCAGAGGGGACCAGGACUCACUCACUAGCGCUACGGAAUUCAGAGAUUAUACCCAAACAAAAAAACCUGGACAUUUUGCCUCAUUUUAAAAAUUGCUCUGGACAGGCAUUUUAAGUCUGAAAAAGAGGGCGUGUCCAGGAAAAACCGGACAUAUGGCAACCCUACACAAGAUGCUUCUUCCUAAGGGUUUGUGUCUUCCCUGAAGGCCUGUAAUGCUGGGCUCUGGGGGGUCUCAGAGGGGAGGGAAUCCCUUCCUCUCAGGGUCAUGACAGAGAAGGCUGAAGCACCUGAGCAGGAGAUCUGCUUUUAAGUCUGGAGUCUGUGAUGAAACAGGUGUGCCUGUCAACUGUCUUCCUUAAAUAAAUUGGUUAUUUUGAAGACCUCUAAUGCUGGACUAGGGACGCGGGUGGUGCUGUGGGUUAAACCACAGAGCCUAGGACUUGCCGAUCAGAAGGUCGGAGGUUCGAAUCCCCGUGACGGUGAGCUCCCGUUGCUCAGUCCCUGCUCCUGCCAACCUAGCAGUUCGAAAGCACGUCAAAGUGCAAGUAGAUAAAUAGGUACUGCUCUGGUGGGAAGGUAAACAGCGUUUCCGUGCACUGCUCUGUUUGGCCAGAAGCUGCUUAGUCAUGCUGGCCACAUGACCCGGAAGCUGUAUGAUGUCUCCCUCGGCCAAUAAAGCGAGAUGAGCGCCGCAACCCCAGAGUCGGUCACGACUGGACCUAAUGGUCAGGGAUCCCUUUACCUUUACCUUUAAUGCUGGACUCUGGUGGAAAAAAUAAACUCCCUUGUGUUGGGGCCACAACAGAGAGGACCUUGGCCUGUCAGGAGAGAGAGAGAGAAAGAGGGCCUGCUUUGUACACGUAAAAUCCUCCUGGGCUCAUAGCUCAGCACCUCCACUCAAAUCUCCCGCUUGAGGCCUUGGGGAGCUGCUGCCACCUGUCUGAAUAAAAAUGUCUCUUGUCCCCUUUUAGUCAACCUGGGGCUCAUUGUGGGAGCCAUUUUGGGUGUCAUGGCGGCCAUCCUGCUGGUCUCUGGGAUCAUCUUCUUCUUCAUCCACAGUAAGUAAACCCUGGAUGUGUUUGCUGCCUCUCAUGUCUCCUCCUGUCUCGGCCUCUGACUGGGAAUGUGCUGGUGGAGCCUUUCUGGCAACUGCCCCUUGUAUCCCUACAGACACCGUUAUCCAUAAAACACCCUUUGAACAUGAACCCAAAGUCCUGUUGGCCAUUCCGUUGUGCUCAGGAAAUUCACUUCCCACCUGAUGUUUUAAUCAAUCCUAAGCCUUCAGUCCUGUACACACUUAGCAGGGAGCCUUCCUUACAUAUCUUUAGGCGCCAGGCAAAAAUGUUUCUCUCGUACCAGGCCUUGGGCCAUUUAAAUGUGAGUUACUGGUUUGUUUUUGCUUUAUUGUGUAUUUUGUGCUCUCAUUUUGUAUUUUUAUGUUGUGAACUGCCCUGCCAUCUUCAAUAAAUGAAUAAAUAAAUAUUGAUCUGGGAGGAUGCUGUAUUGAACUGAAUAGGACAUUCCUCUGAGUAGACUUGCCUAGAACUGCACUGUUAAAGUUCCUUAUCUCUUCCCCCCACCCUCUCUGGGCAAAUUUAAGGGGUCUGCUGGGAGUGAAAUAAUAAUUUGAAAAGGAAUGAGUGAAGGGAUUGGAUUAUGUUUCCUUCCACCCUCUUGGAAUUUGUCCACUGCCUCAUUUCCCCAUGUUGAUUUUUUUAUUUAAUUUCCUCAAUUUUUUUCUACUUCUUUGUAACAUUAGUUCCUUGAAAUGCUCCCCUUCUGGGCUCCCCUUCCUUGGAGGUGUGUGGAAGAGACAAGAGAAGCAUGUGCUGGGAAGGUUUCAGCAUCUGAGAGCCAAAUGGUCAAAAUGGAUUUGAGUGGCCUCUAGAGGUUCCUUCCAGCUCUGACCUUCUGCUUUUGUCUCUACAGGGAAAUGGAGCGAGAAAUCAGCCUACAAAGCAGCCUCAAGUGAGUGACUCCUCCCCUCUCUCUGUCUGACAUAUUUCCCCCCAAUAUGGAGCAGGAAGAG